CACGGUGUCACGCCGAGCACCUUCGGCUGUCCGGCGGCCAUCGCCUGCGACGUGUUCGGUAACGUGCUGGUGGCCGACGCAGGAAAUUGCCGUGUCCAGAUCUUCGAUCUGACCGGAAAAUUCCUCAAGAUAAUACAGUAUCCUACGAAGCUGAAAGAAAAGGUUCAGAGCAAGUCUGUCAUCUUGCCGGUUUCGAUGCAAACGCUGAACGGAGUCCUGUACUUGCUAGACCUCAGAAUGGAAACCAUCUACUGGAUUCGAUACCUGUGA